UGACCUCAGCGCGUCACGCACGUACGCACGUUGGUGCGUAGGUACGUCGCGUCUCCACACCCCCCUCCCCCGCCCCGGUAACCGGGGAAGCGGCGGCCGGCGCCUGCGGUGCCCGAGGGAUAUAUUGAGGACAUCAUGAAUUGGAAUAAAGGUGGACCUGGUACUAAGAGAGGCUUUGGUUUUGGUGGAUUUGCCAUAACACCUGGAAAAAAAGAGGAGCCUAAGCUCUCUCAACAGUCUCAUAGUGCUUUUGGAACAGCCGGUUCUUCUGCUGCAUUUGCAAAAUCGGGACCUCCUCAGCUGCCUUCUUUCUACAAAAUUGGGUCAAAGCGAGCAAAUUUUGAUGAAGAGAAUGCGUACUUUGAGGAUGAAGAGGAAGAUUCCAGCAAUGUCGAGUUGCCAUACAUUCCCGCAGAAAAUUCCCCCACUCGCCAGCAGUUUCAUUCCAAAUCAGCAGACUCUGACAGUGAUGAUGAUCCUCUGGAGGCAUUCAUGGCUGAAGUGGAGGAUCAAGCUGCUCGAGACAUGAAGAGACUUGAAGAUAAAGACAAAGAAAAAAAGAAUGUUAAGGGUAUUCGAGAUGACAUUGAAGAGGAAGAUGACCAAGAAGCUUACUUUCGCUACAUGGCUGAAAACCCCACUGCUGGUGUGGUCCAAGAAGAGGAAGAAGAUAACCUGGAGUAUGAUAGUGAUGGGAAUCCAAUUGCACCGUCCAAAAAAAUCAUUGAUCCUCUUCCACCUAUAGACCAUUCAGAGAUUGAAUAUCCUCCAUUUGAGAAAAAUUUCUAUGAUGAGCAUGAGGAGAUCACCAGUCUCACCCCGCAGCAAGUGGUGGAGUUACGUCAUAAGCUAAAUCUCCGGGUCUCUGGUGCUGCUCCUCCAAGGCCUGGCAGUAGUUUUGCUCAUUUUGGGUUUGAUGAGCAACUUAUGCAUCAAAUCAGGAAAUCUGAGUAUACCCAGCCCACUCCUAUACAGUGUCAGGGUGUUCCGGUUGCACUAAGUGGCAGAGAUAUGAUUGGGAUAGCUAAGACUGGAAGUGGAAAAACAGCAGCCUUCAUCUGGCCAAUGUUGAUUCACAUCAUGGAUCAAAAGGAGCUUGAACCGGGGGAUGGUCCCAUUGCAGUGAUCGUCUGCCCGACCAGAGAGCUUUGCCAACAGAUCCAUUCUGAAUGUAAGCGCUUUGGUAAGGCAUAUAAUCUGCGCUCUGUAGCUGUGUAUGGAGGAGGAAGCAUGUGGGAGCAAGCCAAAGCCCUCCAGGAGGGGGCAGAGAUAGUUGUCUGCACACCAGGUCGCUUGAUUGAUCAUGUGAAAAAGAAAGCUACAAACCUUCAAAGAGUCACUUACCUUGUGUUUGAUGAAGCUGACAGAAUGUUUGAUAUGGGUUUUGAAUAUCAGGUCAGGUCAAUCGCAAGCCACGUACGUCCUGACAGACAGACCCUCUUGUUCAGUGCCACUUUCCGUAAGAAGAUUGAGAAAUUGGCUCGAGAUAUUCUGAUCGACCCAAUUCGAGUUGUGCAGGGAGACAUUGGAGAGGCAAAUGAAGAUGUUACUCAAAUUGUGGAGAUUUUCCCCUCUGGCCCUAGCAAAUGGAACUGGCUGACUCGACGCCUUGUGGAGUUCACAUCUUCUGGGAGCGUUCUCCUGUUUGUCACCAAGAAGGCAAAUGCAGAAGAGCUGGCCAAUAACCUCAAGCAGGAGGAUCAUAAUCUGGGGCUGCUUCAUGGUGACAUGGACCAGAGUGAGAGGAAUAAAGUAAUUUCAGAAUUUAAGAAAAAGGGGAUCCCAAUACUGGUAGCUACUGAUGUGGCAGCUCGUGGGUUAGAUAUUCCUUCCAUUAAGACUGUCAUCAAUUAUGAUGUGGCUCGGGACAUAGAUACGCACACCCAUAGAAUUGGUCGUACUGGCAGAGCAGGCGAGAAGGGAGUUGCCUACACUCUGCUGACUCCCAAAGACAGUAACUUUGCUGGUGAUCUUGUCAGAAAUCUGGAAGGCGCUAAUCAACAUGUUUCCAAAGAGCUGUUGGAUCUAGCAAUGCAGAAUCCGUGGUUCCGGAAAUCACGUUUCAAAGGAGGAAAAGGCAAGAAGCUGAACAUUGGUGGUGGUGGCUUAGGAUACCGUGAACGUCCUGGUCUGGGAUCAGAAAAUUCUGACCGUGGAAACAACAACAGUGUGAUGAGUAACUAUGAGGCAUACAAGCCAUCCACUGGGGCAAUGGGAGACAGACUUACAGCAAUGAAAGCAGCUUUUCAGUCCCAGUAUAAGAGCCACUUUGUUGCUGCAAGCUUAAAUAAUCAAAAGACUGGUAGCUCUGCUGCUGGUGCUAGUGGCUGGACCAGCGCUGGGAGCUUGAACUCAGUACCGACGAGUUCAGCACAGCAAAAUGCUGCAAAUCCUGACAGCCCCAUUGCAGCCACCGCAGCAGCAAAGGGUGUUCCAGGUUUCACCAGCACAGGGAAUUUGAGUAGCGUUCCCACCUUUCCAAGUGUCGGAGUACAGGGCUUCAACAACACUAAUGCCAGCACCAACAAUCGAGAAGGCAGCAGCAGCACCGGUGUUGCCACUGCUGCCAGCGGUGGUGGCGGCAGCAGCAGCGGUGGUGGUGGUGGCGGUGGUGGUGGCAGCAUUGUCAGAGAACGAUACAACGACAACCGGAACAGUCGCCACAAUGAGGUCCCACGCCGUGGAGAGGGUGGUGGUCGCUACAAUGAUGUGCAACGCCAUGGAGAAGGAGGCGGUCGCCACAGUGACGUUUACCGCCAUGGAGAGGGCCGACAUGGCGACAACCAUCGCCACGGUGAAAGCCGGCACUUCGCUGAUGUAGGCAGUGGCAAUCGCAAUAACGGUGAUAGCAGGAAUAGCAACGAAGGUAGGAACAACGAGAACAGGAAUGGUGAGAACAGGAAGGAUGCCAACAGCCGAGACAACAAGACAGAUGGUUUUGCUGUCCCAGAGCCCCCAAAACGUAAGAAGAGCCGGUGGGACAGUUAAAAGCUGGUGUUUCACAGCCUGGAAUCUCUGCAGGUAGUGUUGUCUUUUUCCAGAGGAUUUCUUGGGGUUUUUGGUAACUGGUUGUUGAGCAGCUGGGGGAGGAGAAGGAAACCAUGAAAACUCCCCAUUGCAAGUCUGGGCCGGUACAUCUGCAGACAGAUUCACUUUAAUGAUGUGUACACACAAUGCUUAGUCAAAGAGGAAUCAUUUUGAUAAAGCUCCCUGGGUUCUGCUUUUAAACAUUCAGUGCUCAAGUGACUCUCUGCUGGAUUUAAAGAGAUCUUCUUGACAAGAAAGAAGCUGUUUCACAUCCUUGGAACGUUAAGAAACUGUUGUCCAUAGAAGUAUAAAGUAGUCUUUUCUUAACCAGCGUUCACAUUUAAAAAGACAGUCCAUCUAGAGAUGCUCAGGACCCACCUGUUAAACAUUAAUCUUUCAGCAAUUUGUUCAGUAUGGUGAGUUCUUCCCUAAUCUCUUCUUUUCGCAUAUUCUGUUAUCCCCAAAUAAUUUGGCCUCCAGGUUGCCCCGUACAUCUCUCCCCAUCCACCAAGAAUGUAUCAAUUUGCAUUGCUGAAGGUGGGAUGAAGCAAGUUGAUUUUUCUUUCCUUUUUUUUUUUUUUUUUUUUUUUUUUUUUUAAUGAAGCUGUUCCAAGGGAUCCUUCUCCAGCCCGCUAACCACAAAUUCACAUGUAGUGUAGGAUGGACUCCCUGGCUUGUUUGUUGUCAGUACAUCAAUCCCAAUCCCAUUGCCCAGGUAUUUUUUCUUUUAAAGAACCUCUUCUUUCCUAAUAACCUUCAUUUUGGUGGAAGCCUGCAUAGCAAACUUGUUUCUCUGCUGUGCCUAUGCACCCUCUGUUAUGAGAGGGUUGAGUGCUUUCUUCGAAUUAAAAAAAAAAAGGGAAAAAAAUGUAGAUACGCCACAACAAUCAGAGGCUGGUGCCCCCCGUGAAGCGUAGCUAAAUGAAGAGGCUUCAUUCACAAAUUCAGGGACCUGCUGCUCAGAAGCCUUUAGGGAGAACCUGAAAAGCAAUUGAUGAAGUGGAACAGCUCAAAUAUUGCCCCAUAUUGGACACAUGUAGUUAAAACUGUAAAAUGUUGCUUGACUGUUUUUAACUCGUGUGUACUAUCCGUUUUUUAACUUUUUUUUUUUUUUGCGCCAUAAAGGUAAGGAAGAACUCUUUUGUUGAAACAUGUCAGCACCCACCUCUGUCUUGUUUCUACUGAAAGAAGUAUCAGAAACUGUCAGGUUUUUGUGACAUUGUGAUGUUUUCUUUAUCAGCUGUGCAUUUACUUUCUGCUUGCUCUAGUAAAUGUUUUAUUACUGGGACAAAAA